GAGAGGAAAAUGUAAACCGAAAUAAAUAUGGAAAUUGCAGUUGGCGCGGUUCGCUCGGCACUUGUCUUCAACCUCUUGACACCCUCAGCACAAGAAAGGUGGAGAAGGAGAAGUUACAUUUGCAGGAAUGAACACAGGUGCAUGCUAUUUUGCGAAAUGAUAUGGCAAGAAAGCUACCUUUUCAAAUUGGACAACUGGUAGAAUCAUGUUGCUUUCUCAUUGGUUAUCGUGGUGCUUGGUUCAGAUGUAAGGGGUCAUAUAAGAAGCAGACGUGGGGUGUGACUCAAGGCGGAAUAAAGGACAUUGGCUGGAGAAUGGGGAGUCUAUCUUAUGAAUUGGAAUUUAUUGACUUUCCUGAUGAAGAAGUAAAAUGGACAAAGCCAUUUCAAAAACCACCUGCAGCCUUUGGUAUCUCAUCAACUGGGCCAAAAGGGCAGUUGAUGGUGCGUCCUCAGUUUCCACAAGUUUAUCGUGAAAAUCAAUUAUCUGAUGUUAGCACCAAUUCUGAGCUAGAGGUGACUGUUGUUGUGAAUGAUGUCUGGAAGGUUGGGGAUUUAGUUGAUUGGUGGAAGGAUAACUGUUAUUGGUCUGGCAAAAUAAUUGCCAUAUUGGGGGAUGAGGAGGUCAAGAUUGAGCUGCUCCCCCCACCAUUCGGUGAAGGAUUGGCUUAUCGUGCCUCCUCCAAGGAUUUGCGGCCAUCCUUAGACUGGUCUCCCGAAUCUGGCUGGAUGGUCCCUAAUAUGAAGGUGAAUGGAAGUACUCAAUGUGCUCGGGUGCUUAACAAUGGAAGUGUAGAUUUGAGAACUCAGAACGUUAGUGAAGGAAAUGGAAGUGAACCCCCAGCUGGAAAAUCAAAUGCAUCAUUAGCUUUACAGACUAGUUCAAUGCAGCGUACUCAUGAGCCAGCAAGAAAGUUGAAGCGGCUUCUCAGCAACACGACAUCAAAGGAGAAACACAAACACACAACAGAAGUAAAUUCCGAUUCAAACUGUGUAGACAAUAUAGCCAAGAAAACUAGUACGUUGGAGAAUGACUCAAGUUCCCCUGCUGAAAAACUAGAUGCGUCAACUGAAGUUCAAGGUACAAGAAGUGAUGCAGAUGGAUGUAAUGACGGUCAGUUUGUAAAGACUACGGUGCCUGAUGUUAGUUUGAAUUCCACACACCAUGGUUCUUUAGAAGAUGCUAUUUUGGACUUGGAAGAGCUGAUAAACAGGAUUAAAUGGGCCAAACAAAUUUUGGAUGGUGGAAUGGGUUUGCCAAAUGCUUCUGGAUCUUCAUGGAAAUUUGCGGAGCACCGACCCUCAUCUACACCAAAAUGAAGGCAUCCCUAGGCAGGUAUUUUUUUUUUAUUUUUUAUUCUAUUACAUGAACUCUCUGUUGAUUGAAUGGUUUUGAACACUUAGGUUUAACUCGGUAUGGCAACAAUCUUUGGUAUAUGGUGGAUUUUAUCUUUUUUUGCUUUGUUUCCAAGUUUCAGCCAUUAUGAAAACAUAAAUUGAAAUA